CUUCUCUUACAUAUAUAAUUAUUACUUGCCUCCACUCUUCUUCAGGCAUCCCACCAAAUGGCUUUCUCUCACUUACGACUUCUCGUGGCGAUUUCGCUGCUUUUGGCACCAAUAGCAGCUAACGGAAACGAUGUUCCUCCAUCUCUCUCUCCCUUUUUCGAGAGCCUAUGUGAUGAGGUGGAAUGUGGAAAGGGAAGCUGUGAGGCAGCUCCAGGCUAUCCUUUCAACUUCAGAUGCAUCUGCCAGGAUGGGUGGAAGCGUACGCGUCUAGAUGAUGAGCAAAACUUGGAGUUUCUCCCAUGCAUCAUUCCCAACUGUUCGCUUGAUUACUCGUGUAUGCCAGCUGCUCCUCCAGUUCCACCUACUCCCUACAACUUAUCAUUCUUUGACCCUUGCUAUUGGAUCUAUUGCGGAGAAGGCACAUGCACCAAAAAUAAAACACAUACACACACAUGCCAGUGCAAUGCAGGCUACUCUAAUCUCCUCAAUAUCUCCGCUUUCCCCUGUUACAGUGAUUGUGCUAUCGGGUCGGAUUCGUGUCAAAAGCUUGGAAUAAGAGUCUCCAAAUCUACUUCGGACACCUCUCCUGCCGAUGACACUAAUCAAGCUCCAACGAUAUUCUCUCUGGGGAAGUUCCAUUGGAUGACAAUCUUGCUUGCAUCUAUUGGAAUGAUUUUCUUGAAAUGAGGGUUUUUAUUGAUUGUUUGCCUGUAUGUAUCAUUGGCCUUGUGCACUUUUCAUACGCAUACCAUGACUUGUAUUUUCGUAAAUUGAUUGAGAGGAGUAUUUGGAUUGCAUAUGUAGUACUAUUGUAUAGUUAGACAUGUGGAUGUAUAUAAUAAAUCUUAAAAUAGAAAAAAACAUUAUAUAUAUGUGCUAUUUUUUUCA